AUGAGCUCAGAUUCGCAGAAGUUCCCCCCAUCCCCUCUCUGUGCCUUGCGUGGGGUCUGGGCCUUCUCACUGUGGCCUGGGUACAGCCUUGACAUUCAGACAUCGGUUCCUGCAAGGACACUUGCGUUUGGUCCAUACCGCUGCAGCCUAUGCUUCUCCCGUUUAGCAUCUUCAGUAGAUGGGGGCUGUGCACGAGCCCUUCAUCUUCCCCGCAGACACCACUGGUGCUUGCUCGGCCUCGCGGGUGAUGCGGAGGGCACGGGGGACAGUCCUGUGUCCCCACCUUCUUGGGCUGCAGACAGGCCACGUUGGUCCUGUGGUGACUGGGGGCUCCCAGGAGAACCCCACCGCAGACCCGGAGAGGUGGCCCCAGAGAAGGUGACGUACGCCUGGGGCCGGGCCUCACCAGCCAGCCACGGGCCACCUGCAGCAACAGGCCUCUCGCCGUCCAGGGGCUGGGUGUUCGGGCGCCGUGGGGAUGAGCUGCUGUCUGCACGAGACCUGGCCCGGGGCCUGUGGGGAGGGCGUGGCCCACGGUCCCCAGCGCUGGCCGUCUCUGGGUUCCAGGAGAACUGCGCCAUCCUCGGGGAGCUGGUAAGGCUGCAGGCUCAGAAGUCCCGCCUGCUGGGGUUCAGCACGCGUGCCGACCCCGUGCUGGAGAUGAACGCGGCCAAGACCAGCCAGGUGGUGGCCACUUUCCUAGAUGAGCUGGCCCAGAAGCUAAAGCCCCUCUGGGAGCAGGAGCCCGUGAUCCUGGAGCUAAAGAAGGCUGAGUGCCAGAGGCGGGGCCUGCACUUUGACGGGCCCAUCAACGUCUAGGACCCACGCUACUACAUGAACCAGGGGGAGGAGACGCGCUACCACGUGGACCAGCACCUGCUCAAUGAGUCCUUCCCCAUGCAGGUGGUCACGCGCGGGCGGCUGGGCAUCUCCCAGGAGCUGCUGGGGCUGACCUUCGACCUGGAGAAGGGCACCAACGUGUGUGACGAAGAUGUGAGGCUCUACACGGUCCGGGACGCGGCCUCGGGCAAGGUCAUCAUCGGCAAGUUCUACCUGGACCUCUACCCUCGGGAAGGGAAGUCCGGGCACAUGGCCUGCUUUGGCCUGCAGCUGGGCUGCCUGCAGCAGGAUGGGAGGCGCCAGAUCGCCAUCGCGGCCAUGGUGGCCAACUUCACCAAGCCUACGCCCAACCCGCCCUCCCUGUUGCAGCAUGAUGAGCUGGAGACCUACUUCCAUGAGUUCUGGCAAGCGAUGCACCAGCUCCGCUCUCAAGAGGCGCCGCGCCCUGUGAAGCCCUGGCGCUGCUGCCAGUCUCGGUGGGGCACGGGCAGCGCCGUCCCCCAGGGGCUGCUGGACAAGCUCAUCAAGUCCCGGCUGGCCAACCCCGGCCUCUUCAACCUGCGCCAGAUCGUCCUGGCCGAGGUGGACCAGGCCCUGCACACGCAGACGCCCUCGGACCCGGCCCAGGACAAUGCCCGCCUCUGCCAGGAGAUCCUCGGGGUCCCAGCCACGCCAGGGACCCACCUGCCUGCGACCUUCGGCCGCCUGGCAGGAAGAUACAACGCCCAGUCCUAUGGCUACCCGUGCAGCGAGGUGUACUCCGCGGACACGUUCCACACACGCUUCAAGCAGGAGGGCGUCCUGAGUGGCAAGGUUGCCAUGGACUACAGAAGCUGCAUUCUGAGGCCAGGUGGCUCCAAGGAUGCCAAGGGCAUGGUGAAGCUCUUCCUGGCUUGCGACCCCACGCAGGAUGCCUUCCUCCUGAGCAAAGGGCUGCAGCUUGAGGGCUGCAAGUUCUGCCCACCCAGGCGGGCCCGGUGCCUUAGUGCCCCGCCGGGGCGGGGGAGGGGCCGCAUGUCCUCCCAGCCCCUGAGUCCCUGGCGGCCGGCCUCGGCCAAAAGUCUCCACCUGGACGUGUCUGGAGAGCCUGGUGUCAAGGCUCCCCCUUGUUGCACUAAUGCCAUCCCCUCCUGGGGAGCCUUCCUGCUAACAAAACGGUUCUUUGAAAACGCAGCCGUUAAUAAAAAGACUCCACUCCUGGUCUCUGCCUGCGGUCCCUUCCACCACAGGAGCGGCAUGGGGGCCAUCACACUGGGGGGAGUUCUGACCUUGGUCGGGGAUCAGCCCUGCGGCCGUUGCAGGCUGCUCUCUGCUGGUGUAGCGUCUGGGUCACUGGGAGAUGGCUGA